UGAAGAUUUGGACCUUGAAAUAACUUGAUCCAAAGUUUUCUGUUCGAUUACUAUUCGAUUAAUUCGAAAAAAUUGAAUUCUAGCUAGUAAUGCUGUUGAACUCGUGACCUAGUUUGCCCCUUAUCAUAGUUCUUUAAUCGUUUCUGUUAAAAACAUUUUAGAAAUCACACACACACACACACACACACACACACACACACACACACACACACACACACACACACACACACACACACACACACACACACACACACACACACACACACACACACCUGCUUAAUUCUUUCUACACGAUAUUAUAUUUUAAUAGGAAAGCUAGUCGAAGAACAAAAUAUCGCCUAUAGAGAGUAUUUAGCCAUAAUGGCUUCAAAAACAGUUCAACAAGGCCAGAUUGAAAAUCGUCGCAAAUCUGCCAAAAUUAAAAGCCUAAAUGAACAAUUAACUUUAGGCCAAAUAACACCGAUGCAGUUUUUAGAAUUUGUGACGGAACUUAUACAGUUUCGUCGAGGUAAUAUUGAUGAAUCUAGAAAUGUACAAACUGACAAUGCAGAAGCUAAAAUUGUUGAUGGAGCUGGAAAAAAUGUUAAUAUAAUAGGUAAUGAUGAUGUAAAUGAAAAAGAUGAUGUAGUUGAAAAGGAUGAAGAAACGAGGUGGGAAGGAGAAUCAGAAACUGAGGGAUCGGAAGAGGAAGAUGAAGUAUUUGAUGAAGAAGAAAUGGAUGAUGUAAGUGUUGACGAGAACACGAAUCUUACGAUCAAAGAGGAUAUUCUAAGGAAAGUUAAGAUAGGUACGCUGUAAAACAAUUUUCAUGUGAAAAUUAAAUAAUAGGAAUUACUAUUUAGUUAUGUUAAAAUUUUUGACCAUCAAUGCGAUAGUAGUGAAUAUUUCCUAGAUGAUUGUAUAAAUCGUCUAGAUUGUAAUAUUCAGCAUAUUUAUAAUAAUUGUUACAAUCCUGUAUGUUAAGUAGAGUUAAUUAUUAUGAUUGUUUUAAAUAGUUAUACUUCUAAUUCAGAUGGUAACAGUUACCAUCAGAAAUUAUAAUUGUUACCAUCCUGAUAGUAACUGUUACGAAAUUUAUUUCAGAAGUUA